AUGCACAAACUGGUCCUAGCAACAGAGAGAAGCAAGUCGAGGGACACCAUCCGCUCUCAAAAGGAAGGGGCUGCCAAGCUCAGAGUCCCCGGCCCUUGCACAAGGCCUGGAUCGGACGCGAGCCGCGUUGGGCAACGCGGGCACUGCGACAAGAGCCUGGUACCGCUCGCUCAGCUGCCAGGGCAGCCAAGGGCGCCGCUAACCGGAUCCCGACCCCGCACGACGAGACUCGACGGCGUGUCCCCGCAGCUCACCGCCCGCGGCGACGGCUCCCGGCGGCGCGGCCUCCCCCCGCCACAGUCCGGCAAGGGCAUAGAGAAGGCCGAGAGGUCGGACGGCGGCCAGAGCCCCUCGACUCGGGGCACGGGUAUCCCUCCCCGCGGCGGUACCGUCAGCGCCCAUCUCUCGCGCCGCGCCGCGCCGCUCCAGCACACCCUGCCGCACUACCGGGUAAUCCGCAACCCUUUCCCCUCCGCCGCCGUGGCCGCUCCCCGUACCGGCCUGCGCGCCCGGCCCGGCCCAGCCCAGCCUGGGUUGGCUUGGCCUGUCCCCACGUUCCGCCGCCCUAGCCAGCACUCACCUGACAGCCCCAGCGCCCGCGUUACGUCCCGUGCCCGCCACCCGGGCCCGCACGCCUGUUUACCGCCGCGGCCACCCCCGGCCGAGGCCAGAGCUCGCGCCCCGCCCCCGCGGCGCUCCCAUUGGGCGUCUCGGCGAGCCCCGCCCCCGUACCGCGACGGAACCGCCGCCGAGGAGCGUGCCGAGCCCGUGCGCCCCGCGCCCCCGCCAAUGGCAGGAGGGCUCGCGCGAGGCGUCGGCCAAUGA